GAAAUGCAAUUCGCAGAUUGUCGUAUAGUAUAUAUUCAGCCAAGUCGAACGAUCAAUUCAAUGCAGUACUUCUGAAAAUUAUUGCCAAUGGCGACAAUCAACGUUGUCCAAUCCUGUCUGGUUCCGAUGACCGGCGCGCGACUCCGACCGCGGCCGCCGCCGCCGGAGGUGCCGAAAACUAUGGAGCUAACUCCAUGGGACCUUAUCAACCUUUUGUACGAAUCAAAUCGCGCCGGGAUUCUGUUCGACGAACGUCCGAAUCAAGAGUUCAUCGAUCGCCUCAAGAAUUCGCUCGCCCGGACGCUCGAUUUCUUCCCGCCGCUCUCCGGCCGUCUCGGCGCCGUCACGCACGUCGACGACGGCGCCAAGUCGUAUUUCAUCGAUUGCAACGAUGCGGGAGCUGAGUUCACUCACGCUGUCGCGCGCGGAGUGUCGGUCGCGAAUCUUGUCGAGCCAGAGUACAUGCCUCGGAAAGUGUUGGCGUCGUUCUUCCCGGAGAAAGAAACUCCGAGCUGCGAGGAGCUUUGGAAGCCGUUGGCGGCGGUGCAAGUGACCGAGCUCGACGAUGGCUUCUUCGUCAGCUGCGCAAUUAAUCAUGUCGUCGCCGACGCGAUAUCUUUCUGGCACUUCUUCCACUCCUGGUCCGAACUUGCGCGCGGCUUCGACACGAUAUCAAAGCCCCCGGUUUUCGAUCGUUGGCUCCCGAGCAAUUUUGGCGACGAAAUAAAUCAUCCGAUCCGUAUUCCACCGUUCGAUCAAAAUCCAACGGCCAACGCCACUCCUCCUCCGCCCUUGCUCGAAAGAGUUUUUCACUUUAGCAAAGAGAGUUUAGCCGAGCUAAAAAACAAGGCCAACUCGAAAUCCGGCUGCGACGAAAAAAUGAAAAUCUCGACAUUUCAAGCUCUAUCAGCUCAUCUAUGGCGAGGCGUCGUGCGCGCGCGACACUCGGAGAGUAUUACUCAUGUGAAAGAGCCGCAAUCGUUUAUUCUAUUAGUCGACGCAAGAUCAAGAAUACCCUUGCCGGACGGCUAUUUUGGCAAUGCGGUUCAUCGCGAUGCGAUUGAGGUUACCGAGCAUGAAAUUCUACAGAACGGGCUCGAAUUUGUUGCCGCAAAGAUCAACGAACUCGUUGGUCGACAAACUAGGGAAGCCAUAAUCAAGUCCGUGGAAGAUUGGAUCGAGAAACCGGUGAUCCCGAGUAAGGGGUCCGUGAAAUUUCUCAUCACCGGUUCACCGCGCUUCUUUGAUAUCCGUAGCUGCGAUUUUGGAUGCGGAAAAUCGGUUGCUUCCAUGACCGGCGGAAGGCAAAAGUUUGAUGGGAAGGUGACGAUUCUUCCGGCGGCUCAAGAUGGCAGCGUCGACGUGGAAGUUUGCUUGUCGCCGGAGACUAUGAUAGCCAUGGAAGACGAUGUUGAGCUCAUGGGAGCGGUAACCAUUUAAUUAUUUCGUUGUUAUUAAAAUAACGCGCGUGUUGUGUGUAAUUAAGAUAUUAAAAUGGCGGCAUUCAGAUGCUGGUUAGGGCUAAUCAAUAUUGUGUCGAUUAGCCGUACGUUGUUGUGUUAGCUUUUUGGAGCUAAUCAAUAGUUUGUUGAUUAGCCAUAAGUCGUAUUAAAGGAUCUGUUAUCCGAUCAAAAAAAAAAAAUGACGGCAUUCAAAUGCUGAUCAGGGCUAAUCAAUACUGUGUUGAUUAGCCGUACAUUGUUGUGUUAGCUUUAAUAUGUUGUUAUUGUUGAAAAAAAAUUGGGAGAUAAUAUUAAGAUGAGAAUAAAU